UUUUGCUUUACCAAUAUGGCGCUGCUGCUGUUAUGAGAUGACAACAUCGCAGUUUGUGUCCUAUUUGUUAUUAUUAAUGUUACAGUCAACAUUAAAUUACUACCUCAAGAUUGCAAAGAACAUUGGCAAAUGUAAUGUAAGUUUCGUUAAAGUGAAGCCCAAGUUCUCAGUGAUUUAUACAUUCGAAUGGGUCGGUGGGAAAAGUAUACUACUGUAAAAAUGGCGGGUGUGUUAUCUUUAUGGAUUGUGUUUUCAUUUCUAUACUAAAUCUUAGUAUAUGAGAUUUGAGCAAAAUCAUCGAUAAACCGACUUGAACGAAACUUAAACUUCUUACACAACAUGUGCCGAUUACAAAUUUGACAAUUGGAGUAGUGAUCGUUUUACGGAGUUAGGGCAGGUGUCAACGUUUUUGAUGAAAUUAUCAGAAUGUCACGCUGGGGAAGAGGCCGAGGUGGCAGCGUGGCUGUGCCGCUGGACAGUGCGCUGUUUAGAGAAAACAGCAAUUGUCCCUCAGCCGCCCGUUCAGCGGGAACUGUUGGCAAAUGGGGAAUGACCAGUUUUACAUCAAUCAGAAGCGCUCCUUACGCAUAUAACACUGCGAAAAAGCCUGUGCAAGAUCAAAAUAGUCCUUUGACUGUGCCAGCUGUAGACACAGAACAACCUCCACCAAAACCGAAGAAAUUUUUCAAAUCUCGUAAUGCUGAGACUUUUCCACCUGUACCGCAAAUUGCUUAUGCACCUCAACAAGUACCACCGCUUUCACCUGAACAUCCACCAAGUUUUAAGGAAAAGAAAUCAACUAAAAAGUGUAGAUAUAAUAGAGAUUCAUCUUCACCAGAGUUACCCCGUCGCAACUCUGAAAAAGCAAAACCUAAAAAGACUACAGUGGCUACUAAAGCUUCCAAAAAGGAAGAACCCAUCAGUGACAAUUCACAACCACCCAAUAAGCGAUAUCUGGUGCGUAACCGCAGCAAAGUUAUAAAUUAUGCAGAGGAUGGUAGCAAUAGUCCCAUACCAGAUAUGACAACCCGAUACGAAUCAUUACCACCGAAAGCACAGUCACCCAAAGCUAGUCCAUUAAUUUCCAGUCCAGUGCCAGCAAAACCAAUACCAGAAGUAGUCAGCCCUUCAACCAGCAAAGAAUCAAAUGAGGAACGUAAACCACCACCUAUUGUACUCAGAAUAUCAAAAGGUACAUCAAGAAUAGUAAGCACAGAUUCAAAUGAAGGAUUUACUUCUCCUGGAUCUGAUAGACAUUCUUCUAUGGACAUGCAUUCUGAUUUUGAUCAUAAAAAGAGUCCUUCUAUGGAAACAAUUUGUUCACCCAAACAUGAAGGCCUCAAAAUCACAAUAAAAUGUUCUUCAUUAAAUCAAGAAAAUAAGAAAGAUAAGAAGAAGGAUAAAAAAGAAGGACACCACAAAUCACACAAACGUCAUCACAAAAACAGUGAUGAUGAACCCCUAAAAAAACCCAGUUCACCAUUACCAGGUACCGAUACAUAUGAUCUGUAUAAGACUUUAGCUUCACCCGUUCAUGAAGAGGAGUCAAUCACUAAGACAAAAGUAGAUAAUGUGGAGUCACAAGUGGCAAAAUCAAAUACUACAAAUACAACAUCAAAAUCUAAAGCAGAACUAAAAGCUCUACCUGAACCAAAACAAAGUGAAGGUAGGUCUAGACGAAAUAGGCCAAACAUCAACUACAGUGAGAAUGAUGAUUAUUUAGAUGUAUUAACAUCAAAAGUCUCAAACAAAAAUGUAACAAAGACUGUUAGUGAUAUUAAAAAAGAUGUCAGGAAGAGUAAGAGAAGACUUGAUGUUGCAGCAGUUCCAGAGUCCAAUGAUAUGAAUGAGAUUAAUUCAGAAACUGAGAAAGAUGCUGAAUCUCAUUAUGAUGAUAAUGAUUUGAUCAACAUACUGUCUGGUGAUAAUGAUAAAUCCAAGCCGGCCAAUGACUUGCAAAAAUCUAAAGUUAACAAAAAGCAAAAGAAUAAACAGAAACAAGAUAAUUCUACCAAUGAUAUUGAAUCCACAAAUCUUGAAGACUCUAUGAGUGUGUCACAACAAGAUGAAAGUCAUGAAGAUGAUGAUCAUUUGGCAGAGGAGCCUAGAAGUGAUGACAUGGAUGAAGAUGAUAGAGUAAUUCAAGAGGAAAAGGAUGGAGAAUCUCAGACUGAGAAGGAAGUGGAUCAUCAAGAUAGAAAUCAUCCAGAUGUUGAAUCCGGGAGUCAAAUGGAAAGUCAAGGAAUUGAUUCAAAUGAAGAUCUAUGUAACAAUACACCAACACAAUCAACAGAUUCUGCAUACAAUAGUUGUCCCUAUGAGAAUUCAGAGGAAGAAUCACAAAGAAACAUAGCUGAUGAUCAUUUUAAAGCUCCUAAUGGUGUAAAUGAACCAGAUGGUGCGGAUGAUAAGCCAAGUGUUAAGUUGGUUAUAACAAAGAAGAAAGGUUCUAUAUUUAAGAGCAAAUCUCUGGUUAAUGAUAACCCAUCUCCGUUACCAGCAAGAAAAAGAAGGCAUUUGUACAAACAUCAGUGGGCAAAUGAUAAAGGAAAUGAGACUCCAAGACCUGAAAGGCCUGAAAACCCAGAAGUGAGUAAUCCUGUCCGUCAAGUACCUGAAGCAUUGACUAGAGUCACAAGAUACAGAUCUCCUGAUCCCAUAAUAGCUGAAAUAGAUGCUACCGAGCCGGGUGUGCCCUACACUAGUGUCCGUUGUGCCAAAGAAGCUAAAGAAUAUUACACUGUUGUAAGAAAUGUAAAGAAAGCACAUCAAAUUCAAGAAAUUGGAGAGUUCCAAGAGUUCAAUGAUGAUGUGGAAUACCUUCUUGAUGCACUGCAGGACAACAACCCGAUGUCCACCCGCUGCCUGUCAGCUAUCACGUUGGCCAGCAAGUGCACGGCGCCCGCCUUCCGCAUGCAUCUGCGCGCGCACGGCACCGUGCAGAAGUUCUUCAGCGCACUGCAUGAUGCUACUAACGAUCAAAGCUUGGGUCUGUGUACUGCUACGGUUAUGUUUGUGCUGUCACAAGAUCGCCUCAACAUGGACUUGGACAGAGAAUCAUUGGAGCUUAUGCUGAAUCUGCUGGAGUCUGAUGUUUCUCACAAGAAUGCAUUGGAUGAUUGUGGUUUGACAUCGGCACAACUUGCAAAGACUCAAGAAAGGGUCAGAGAGUUGUGUGCUGAAAUCAAGAGCCAAGGGAAAGCGACGCAUUUGGACUUGGAGAAUAUAACUGUGGGUCACCUGGCGAUGGAGACGCUGCUGUCGCUGACGUCGAAGCGCGCGGGCGAGUGGUUCAAGGAGGAGCUGCGCGUGCUGGGCGGCGUGGACCACAUCGUGCGCACCAUACAGGAGUGCGCGGCGCGUCUGCCCGCGCCCGCCGCCGCCUGGACUGCUGCUGAGGUCGACGUACUGCGCAAGGCCGAUAGGUGCAUGCGUGUAUUGGAGAAUCUGCCCGCGCUCAAGGUGCUCGUCAACCUCUCGCACAGCUUCGGCGGCUUCGGCGCCGCAGCAUCGAUAGGCGCUCAGGUGGUGGGCGAGCAGCCGCACGUCAUGGAGACCUGCUUGAUAAUGUUGAACAACCAGGGCUGCUUCAUACCUGACAACAAUAACUUCGAGUUCAGUGUUUGUGUGCUGUUACUUUUGAUAAAUCUAGUUCAAAACAACGAGAGUAACACACAGAAACUGUUGGAUGUCCACAUAACGGUGGAUGACGGCGACACUUCGAUAGACACGCCCGCUUUGGAUCUCAUAGUUGAUUUGUUUUAUAAACGAGAAGAGCUCGCAAGGCGGGCAGAAGAGAACACGGACGCGCUGCUAGACGGCGAGAAAGAAGAGACUGAUGAUGAGAAAGAUAAGAAGAAGCAGUCGGUUGAUGAUAUCGCUGAGACUGUUGAUAAAUUGCUGGCGCGCGCGGGCGCGCACAUGGAGCACACGAUGGUGUGCGCGUACAUCGCGCUGCUGCUGGGGCACGCGGCGCGCAGCGCGCGCGCGCCCGCCGCCGCCGUGCGGGCGCGCGUGCCGCGCUACCGCCCGCUGCUGCCCACGCUGCGCAAGUACUACAACUUCCUCUCGCUCACCGCCAGCGCGGAAGCUUCGAUCGUCGCUCACGUGAAAGCAACGCAGAAGAUAAUAGAGUUUAUGGAGACGAGCGACAGGGAGAGCUCGUUGGAGCCGCCGGAUCCACAACAACAGCAACAACAACAACAGCAGCAGCAACAACAACAACAACAACAACAACCACCAGCAGAGUACCGACCAUACAACUACUAUCAGCCAUGUGCAGACAUGCCUCAAGACAUGUCCCUCAGCAACCUCAACUAUACCAUGAAUUCCUCCUCCUCCGACAGGAUGUCCUCCAUGGAGGUCGAUGGAUACCAUUAAUACAUGCUUGGUUAAUUGUUUUGCGUAUAUUCAGGUUAAUAGCACUAUUUUAACAGAUCAAUAGCACUUUUAAUUGUUUUUAUUUUACAAGGUGACAUUUGCGGAAAUAGCGAUAUCUUCACAAAGAUUCUGUCAAUGUUUCAAUAUGGGAAAAUGUUUCGAAUAUUAAACAUAGUAAUAUUAAAUUUUCUCUAUUAAACAGAAUAAUUAUGGUGUGUUGAUUUUUUAAUAUACGGACACAAAACUGCUUUUUUUUAGUCAACAAAUUACCAAGUAGAUAGUUUAAUUCAGCACUUGAUUAGUAAAGGCACUAGACAAGAAAAAAAGAUUUUUUUUACUUUGUGAACUGAGGUGAAUGUAAAUAGAAACCAAAUAAAAAAAAUGAUGUACAGAUAACAAUUUUAGUUGUAAUCGAAUGCCAUUUGUGACGUGAGCACGUUUUUGUAUCUAUUCCUUUGUAAUGUAAAUAUUUUUGUUUAGAGUAAUUUAGAUAGAAGCGUUGAUCGUGUGCGGGUUAUGUUAUGAUCUUGAUUAAAUUGAGAUAUUCCGAGUUUAAGCCUGCAAAUGGCGAAUUGAAAGUGCAAAAUGUAACAUUAAGUGUAAAUGGUAACAUUUGUGAUGUGAAUAUUGAUCGCAUCUUGUACUAUAUCUGCGGGGGAUACUUUGAGGCACAAUUAUAUAGCUUUUUCCCGUUGGCCCGAUCGGCAUCGGCCUUAUUUUUCCCAUUGUGCAUAUUGUAUGGUUUUACUUCAAUGGUAAAAAUCACAAUCAGACCAUCGGAUUCAUUCGGCCCAAUGGGAAAAAUCUCAAUGUGACGAUCGGCCCAACGGGAAAUAUCUAAAUUAUAUUGUAAAUAAAUUAGCGUUGAUAGAUUUUCCGUUGUAAAGGUUAGUUGGAGUUAUUUUAUGUAACGAAAAUUUCUAGAUCGAGUAUGUUGUAUCGGAUUUGCCUUACGAAAGAGCGAAAUAUUUCGUGUUGAGUGUACAAAUGUUUUUUAGAGACGCGAAUAUCGCUUAGAUAAACAAUUAUAGGACAAUCUAUGUUGGAAUUAACUAUAUAUAACACCUUUUGUAUUG